CUUCGUCCUCGGGAUUAGCAAAUAACACUUGUAGUAUCGCCCAUUAGAUCGCCACUCACACACUGUAUUUGAGGGUAGAUUCUCACACAAAAAAUAAAAAUACCUGACAUUAUUCCGGUGGUCGCCUCGCCUGUUUGAGUCAGUCGUCGUUUAGUUCUCGCCACGAUCACGCGCGCGCCUCGUCUUAUUCUAUACUUUUUUAGUUAUUCUACGAUAGAAGUACGUAGGUUUACGUUGUAUUACAAUGCCUAAACGUAAAAGUGAGGAUAGCCUCGAAAAAUUGUGGAAGAAGUUCAAAAAGUUGGAGAAAAAGUUACGACGGCAUCGGAGUCGUAGCAGAUCUACAAGUCGGUCAUCGGACAGCUGUUAUCAUAAGGACAUACAAGACGUCGAUCAUGCUUGCAACGAAAAUAAUGGAGAGCACAUAUCAUCGAAUGAUUGUGAAAUAUUGGACGAAUGCGACAUACUCGAGCCAGAGACGGGUUUUAGGCGUUUGAAUUCAAAGUAUGGCACACAGUGCGCUACUGAGCCAUCCAACGAGUCCACCUCGCUCCCUUCGAUGGCUGUACCGGAAACCAUACCGCAGCGGGUCUCUGUCGUUGUAGCGGGCACGGCGGAACCGUCCACUAGUGCACAGUGUGUAGGCACUGCGCCUAUCUUCGAGGAAUCCGAACCUGUUGAAGUAGCACUAGAUGGUGCUAUUCUCGAGGUUUUAGGAGAGGACCCGACUAUAUCGGCUGCUUAUGGUCCUGAAAUCCAUAAAGACUUGGCUCUCAGGCUUCAACAUGUCGCCUCAAACGGUUUAAGCAAAGAGCUCCGUAAAGAAUUGCAGGAGAAAUAUUUACUACCCAGUAACUGCAAGUUGAUCAGCGCCCCUGCUUUAAAUGCAGAAAUUAAAGCAGCCAUCUCAGAUAUGACCGCCAAACGUGACAAAAGCAUUGAGCUUCGGCAAAAACAGACAGCGACUGCUAUUUCAUGUUUAGGCCAGGCGCUUAAUAUUCUUAUUUCUAAGAAUAAUACAGAUUCAUCGCUUAUUAAGCUGCUGAUGGAUACAGAACGCAUUUUAUGCGACUCGCAGUACAAUGACUCUGUUGUAAGGAGAAAUUUUAUUUUGUCAUCUUUAAAAAAAGAGAUGAAGGAUCAACUCCAAAAUACAAAACCGGAUGAGUUACUUUUUGGUCAGAAUUUAUCUGAAACUAUAAAGACGGCUAAGGCUAUCAAUAAAUCGGGAGCCGAGUUAAAAACAUCGCUGCCUAAGCAACAAUUCCACAACAAUAACAAGAAACCAACCGCGGUUGCCAGCACGUCAAAAAGUUUAAACUGGAAGGGCCCCUACCCUGCUCGGAAGCCUCCGAAUCAUCCGAAGGCGAAGGAGGCCCCUCAGAGCAAGAGAGGGCCGUCGAACUCAUCGCGACACUCGCAGCCGCAGCCGACGCGAGGCCGCCGCUAGACACGGUAAAAUAUACUGGUAGUUUACCCUUGUUUUAUGACCAGUGGUCACUCCUUACUACUAAUUCGGAAGUUCUUUCUUGUAUCAAAGGAUAUGAGAUUCCAUUUAAUUGCCCAGUAAACCAGACAAGUCCUCCCAAGAUAAGACAAUACACGUCUACCGAGAAAAUUAAUUUCAAGAAUGCUAUAAAUAAUUUAUUAACAAUCGGUGCUAUUUCUCAAUGUCAACCAAUAGAAGGUCAAUUCUUAUCAAGUGUGUUCCUUGUGCCCAAGCCAAACGGUAAAUUUCGUUUUGUUUUGAAUUUAAAGAAUCUAAAUAAAUUUAUUAAAAAUAAUCACUUCAAGAUGGAGGAUUUACGCACAGUAUUAAAAUUAAUAUCAAAGGAUUGUUUUAUGUCUAAAAUAGAUUUAAAAGACGCAUAUUAUUUUAUUAAAAUACAUCAAAAUUCAAGAAAGUAUUUACGAUUUCAAUUUGAAGAAUCCCUAUACGAAUUUAAUGUUUUACCGUUUGGUUUGUGCACAGCACCUUACAUAUUUGUUAAAAUAAUGAAACCUAUAGUACGCUUAUUGCGUUGUGCUGGUUUAAUAUCAACCAAUUAUUUGGAUGACUUCUGGUUAAUGGGACAGACAUAUGAGAUGUGUUUAUAUAAUACAGUGCAAACUAGAAAAUUAUUAACGUCUCUUGGUUUUUUGAUAAACGAAGAGAAGAGCUCUAUGGUUCCGGCAAAAACAUGUACAUUUCUAGGAUUUGUUUUAGAUUCUGAGAAUUUCCAAAUCACGUUGCCUAGUGAAAAAUCACAUCGCAUCAUAGUAGAAAUUCAAAAGUUUUUGAAUCUCCGACGUUGUAAAAUUCGAGAAUUUGCUCGUUUAAUUGGCCUUUUAGUCUCAGUUUGUCCUGCUGUAGAAUACAGCUGGUUGUAUACAAAAGCCUUUGAGCGUAUUAAAUAUUUAAACUUAAAGUCAGACGACAAUUAUGACAAAAUUAUGUAUUUACCUGAAUCUUUACAACCUGAUUUUGAAUGGUGGUUAAAUGCUUUAGAAAGACCAUUUAGUAGAAUUAGAGAAGACACACAUGAUUUGGAAAUUUUCUCAGAUGCCUCAAAUACGGGGUGGGGAGCUGCGUGCGGAGAGGAGAAGGCUAGUGGGUUGUGGAGUGCUCACGAACGAUCACAGCACAUCAAUUACCUUGAACUUCAAGCGGCAUUUUUUGGCUUAAAAAUAUUCGCAAAAGAUUUAAGUAAUUGUCAAAUCCUUCUUCGUAUAGACAACACUACGGCCAUCUCCUACAUAAACCGAAUGGGUGGCAUUCAGUUUCCCCACCUCAACAGCAUUGCUGCACGUUUAUGGAAAUGGUGUGAAUGUCGUCGUAUAUUUGUAAUGGCUUGUUAUAUAAGUUCAGCUGAGAAUAAAGUAGCUGAUGCUGAGUCCAGACGAAUACACCCAGAUAUAGAAUGGGAGCUGUCUGAUUGGGCAUUCAAGGAAAUUGUUUCAAACUUUGGCUCACCACAAAUUGAUCUGUUCGCUAGUAGAAUAAAUAAAAAAUGUUUAUCAUACAUUUCUUGGAAUAGAGAUCCUGACGCAUUGGCUAUAAAUGCUUUUUCAAUUUCCUGGAAUGCCUAUUUCUUUUAUGCAUUCCCUCCAUUUUCUGUCAUCUUGAAAGCACUGAGAAAAAUAAUAUCUGAUAAAGCUAGAGGUGUAGUGGUUGUACCAUUGUGGCCCACACAGCCGUGGUACCCUCUGUUUAAAAGCCUCUUGAUAUCUAACCUAAUUGUGUUUAAUGCAAGUAAAAACCCAAUUACAUCUUACCAUUCUAGCAAUCGCAACAUUCACACCAAGAUUACCCUGGUGGCAGGGAUCUUGUGCGGACAGCGUGGUUAAGAAGAUGUGUACCUCCCUCGGCGAUUGAGGUUAUGUUUGCCUCAUUAUCAGUUAAUUCGUUUAAACAGUAUGAGGUAUAUUUAAGACGAUGGUUUAAUUUUUGUAAAGACAAUGAUUAUGAUUUGUUUAACGCGUCAGUCCCACAAAUUAUUUAUUUCCUUAAUAAACUAUUUGAAGAGGGAUCUCAAUAUGGCUCUCUUAAUUCCUGCAGGUCAGCCCUCUCAUUAUUAAUGGGUAAUAAUAUAGGUGAAGAUGAUCGGGUUAAGCGGUUUUUUAAAGGCGUAUUUCGCUUACGGCCUCCUUUACCGAAGUACUCUAUUACAUGGGAUACCUCUAUAGUUCUGAACCAUUUAAGUU